CUGAGUUUAAGCAAUAAUUUUAUUAGUUCAUAAGUAGAUAGUAGAAUAACAUGUCAAAGCGUGUUAAAAGUAAAGAAUUUAUAUCUGAUGAUUCUGACUCGGAUGUCGAACAGUCCAAGAAAAAAAACAAGAAAGAGAAGACAGCUAAAAAAGAAGAUAAUGCUUCACAUGGCGAUGACGACGCCAGCAGCUGGGAUCUUGGCAAGAAAAAGAAAGUUUCGAUCAGUGAAUUUAAAGGACAAACGUAUAUAAACAUUCGAGAAUACUAUGAAGCUGACGGAGAAUUAAAGCCGGGUAGAAAAGGUAUAGCAUUGAAUUUAAGCCAGUGGGAUGAACUCACCAAGGUGGUAGACAAAAUCAACAAGAAAAUUAAGAAGUAACAGCCUUAUAUGGAGGAAUCCUAACUAUUCGUACAGAGAUUUGUAACAGUCCCGGUAUCGUUUGUUGAAGUUCAGUCACACAUUUUCACACAUCAGAAGUUCAGUCACACAUUUUUUUGUUUUUGUUGUUGUUUUUCUUUUCUUUAUUGAUGUAAAUAAACUGACGUUUUUAUCAACAUAAAAAGCAUACUGUAUUAUCUUUCCUUUAAGCGGACUUAUUCUCGCAGAUUUUGUUGUUUUCACAAAAUGAGUCCGAAAUCUGAAAUCGUCAUCCUUGUGUGCCAAAAACAAUGCUUGAUAUUGUCCAAAUAUCAAAGUUGUAGUUUUUACAAAAUAAUAUAUGAAAUCAAAUUUGCAUUAAUGAUAAAUUUUCGCGAACACUGGCAAUAGAAAUGAUGUUAAUUAAAACUGUAGAAAUAACAGUGUAAACUUAAUGACAUAAAUUAUUACGGACGUUAAUUAUUAUGCCAUAAAUUAUUACGGACGUUAAUUAUUAUGCCAUAAGUUAUUACGGACGUUAAUUAUUGUGGCAUAAAUUUGAUAUGUUAAACAAGUAAAAUACUAAGUAGGCAAUACAUGAUUUUGAAACCUGUGGACAAUGCAGGAUUUAUUUUGUUGAAAUUGAUUUAUUGAUGUAGCAAAUUUGAUUGGUUUAUUAUCCUUUUUUGAUUCGAAUUCUCAAAUUUGAAUUUCUUUCGGGGAGUCGGAUUAGUUGCAAUUUUUCAUUUUAGGAAAACUGGUUGGUCAUUGUUUGUUUUUUGACAAAUCCGAAAAUUUAAACAUAUCUAAUUUGAAUUUCAAAUUAAAAAAUUGAAUUCAACGCUUUGAAACAACAAAGGGCAAAUACACAAUUAUAAAUUUGCGGAUUUAAUAAAUGGAUAGUCCUUUUCGUGAGAUUUUUAAAAAUCAAGUCUUUGCUAAGAAAUCUUUUGGUGAGUUCAAGAAAGAUUUUCAAGCAUAUUAGGCACUUACGGAGAACUGAUAAUUAGCCAGUAACAGAAUAGUAGCAGUUUUCAAUGGUACGGUAGCUUAGUUGUUAUAACUCUGGUAUUUGGUAACGGGAUUUCGAUUCCCUUGGCGCAUUUUCUCUCACAUAGCUUGGGUUCGCCCAAUUAUCAACUUUGACUUGGUUUGUGUUCUAUAAAGUCUGGUUCCACGGUCAA